AUGUCGCACUCUCAUGAGGACCCAGGCACCACGGACAGUGAAAAGACCACUCGUCAUACGCCUAGUCUACCUACCAACGUCGACGCGGAGAGACAGCAAAGUCAAGAACGUGUGGAACAAAAGAAAUCAGCAUAUGCGGGCCUUGGGUGGUUGGACCGACUGCUCGUCCUCUGGAUCUUGCUAGCAAUCAUCGUCGGCAUCCUCCUGGGCAAUUUUGUCGGCGGAGCUGGGCCAGCUCUCCAGAAAGGCAAAUUUGUUCACGUCUCCGUUCCCAUAGCUGUUGGUCUGUUGGUGAUGAUGUACCCAAUCCUCUGCAAAGUCAGAUACGAGACCUUGCAUCGCAUCUUUGCCCAUCGCCAGAUUUGGAUCCAGCUAGGUUUCAGCGUUGUGGCCAACUGGAUUAUAGCUCCCCUUCUCAUGCUCGGAUUGGCUUGGGCCUUCUUGCCGGAUCGACCUGAACUCCGGAAUGGUCUCAUAUUCGUGGGGUUGGCACGCUGCAUUGCCAUGGUCCUGAUCUGGACAGGUCUUGCUGGGGGUGAUGAGGAGUACUGCGCAAUUCUUGUGGCUUUCAAUUCAAUCCUCCAGAUGGUCCUCUACGCACCCCUGGCUAUUCUAUUUGUUAACGUUAUAAGCCACGGUGAAGGCUCGAAGGUUACGUACACGACAGUCGCCCGGAGCGUCGGGGUCUUUCUUGGAAUACCUCUGGCCGCUGCCAUCACGACCCGCUUCAUCCUCCGGAACAUCAACGCUACCUGGUACGACCAGAAAUUCCUCAAAUGGAUCGCUCCGUGGUCACUUUUGGGACUUCUUUAUACAAUUCUCGUUCUGUUCGCCUCCCAGGGAGAACGAGUCGUUCAUCAAAUUGUCUCUGUUGUCCGAGUAGCUGCCCCUCUUACCGUGUACUUUGUGGUUAUCUUUUUCUUGACGCUGUUGAUCACAAGACGCAUCGGGUUUGGAUACAAACUUGCUGCUACGCAGAGCUUCACUGCGGCUAGUAACAACUUCGAGCUGGCUAUUGCGGUUGCGGUGGCCACUUUUGGAGCUAGUAGUGACGAGGCACUGGCCACUACCGUUGGCCCCCUAAUUGAGGUCCCGGUUUUGAUCUCCCUUGUCUAUGUUGUGAGAUGGAUAGCCGGUCGUUGGAACUGGGAAGACUAGUUAAUGGAGUAUGCGAAUGCAGAC